GCUCGCGCACUAAUGGCCCAGUCCCGUUUUAGUUUUUUUUUAUUAUUUUGCUUUUUCAAAAUUCUGGUGAUUUGUCUAUCUUUUAUUAUUUUAUCAAAAAACAGCUGGAAAUUUAGAUGACCUUUAUUAAAUAUUAAAUGGAUGUUUAAUUAGACGGGCUUGCACCUUUGUUAUUCGGAUAAUAAUUGCUUGAUAAUUUAUACUUAAAAACAAACAUAGCUCCAUCAUCUAAAAAAUUUUUUCUAAAAAAAUUUUUUUAAGGUUCAUCGUAUAAUUAACCAUAUGGCUUAUGAGAAGAAUCAAUAUGACUAUUUGGUUAAAUGGCGUGAAUUAGUAUAUGAUCAAGCAACUUGGGAACGUGAUGAUUUUGAUAUUCCUGGUUAUGAAGAUGCAAUAUUUCGUUAUUGGGUGCAUCGUGAACGAAUGAGUGGUGAAACAAUGCCUAAAUAUAUAUUAAAGAGAUUAAAUAAAAGAAGGGCUGAACAAGGAUUGCCUCCAUUUGAAGAUGAAGAGAAGAAGCGUAAAAAGCGUGAAAAUAAACCAAGCACUGAUCCAGAAUAUGUAAACGAAACAGGAGGCAAUCUUCAUGCUUAUCAAAUGGAAGGAAUUAAUUGGCUUCGUCAUUGUUGGUCAAAUGGAAUAGAUGCAAUUUUGGCUGAUGAAAUGGGGUUGGGAAAAACAAUUCAGUCAAUGGUUUUUCUCUAUUCUCUUGUCAAAGAAGGACAUAGCAAAGGUCCCUUUCUUGUAUCAGCUCCGCUCUCUACAUUAAUCAAUUGGGAACGUGAAGCUGAAUUUUGGUCUCCCGAUCUUUAUGUUGUUACUUAUAUUGGAGACAAGGACAGUCGAACUGUUAUAAGCAUGAAUUUUCUUUUGUUGAGGGGGCCACAAGAGGAGGAACAAAAGCUGGAAGAAUGA